AUGAGCGAGGUCCAGAUAUCGGCCGCCGACCGACAGCUCAUCGUCGAGUUGCGGUCGAGGAUCCACAACGAGCUGCAGCUGGUGCCGUCGUAUUCCGACGACUUAUCGCUUCUACGAUGGCUAGUCGGAUGGGAUCGCAAAGUGGAUCUGGUCGUGACGAAGAUUAAGUUUUCCUUACGAGCUAUCCAUGCACUGGGGCUGCACAAGGAAGACCUUUCAACUCUCGAAAAAAUAACGGCCAAGUGUGACGAAUGCGGCAAAGUCUUUCAGUACUUGCCAGGAUCUCUGCUUGGUUUCGACAAGCAAGGGAAUGUUGUUUCCAUGCAGCUGGUAGGCCGCCUUGACGCCACUGGAAUUCUCAACGGCGCCCGGAAUUCCGACCUCUACCGCAUGCGAAUCGUCGAGAGCGAAGGGAUCAUGCAGAUCAUUAGGGCUCUGGAAAAGAAACAUGGCAAGAAGUUUGGGACGACGACCAUUAUUGAUCUAGAUGGUGCGAGUUUAUCGCGAUUGGACGUGCAAGCGGUGAAGGUCGUCAACACCAUUUUAGCCCAAUUGCAAGAGAUGUUUCCUGACGUUCUUCGCAAGGUCUUCUUGAUAAAUGUGCCACCAUUUCUGCAAGUUUUAUGGAACAUGGUGUCACCAUGCUUAGCAAAACAAACUCAGGAAAAAAUUGAAAUUCUUGGAAGUAACUGGAAGGAUGUGCUGCGGGAAGUGGUUGGAGAAGAGGUUUUAUACGAGAAUUGGGGCGGUAUCCGCAAGGCCGACACUCCAUUUGGUCAUGUACGAUUGGGCGGGAAAGUUCCCGAUGAGCUAAAGUAUGAUAGAUCUAAAGACUUACCUGCCGAGAGGUUGCAAAAGCUUGUCAUUCCAGCCAGAUCAACGAACUUCAUUCCCGUUGAAGUUGACGGCCAUCAGAUUGGUCGAAGAAUCGUAUGGUGGUGGCGUUUGCAAUCAAACGACGUUGGAUUCGCCGUAUGCCGUUCAUCCCCAGGACAUGAAAAUGUUGCAGAGCAUGACGAUGACUUCGUAGUACAACCAAAAUUCCGACUUCAGACCGAUUUUGUACCGGAAGAUGGCGAGACUCUCGCCGAAGAACCUGGUGUGUAUAAGUUCGUAUUUGAUAACACGCAUAGCAGUCUGCGUUCGAAAACGGUGCAAUACUGUAUAGAAGUUAAAAAUUGA